GCAUGUGAGAGGCAGCAAGGUACAAGAAUAAUGACAUGCAGGGUUCGAGGUAGCUGCCUAACUAGGAGUGGUGCACUAGGGGCGAUGCUGGCGUUUUAACAAAAAGGCUCAUCAGCAGUUUUUGAUUUUGACAGUUGUAGAAAGUUGUAAAAUUACACACGAAGAAGCAACGACCUGGUGGAUGCUGCUGCUUCACAAAUGAUCACGUUUCAAUUCUACUCCUCAAACAUGAGACUGUUCCUUCUACUAGCGCUGUUCUUGAUGAUCAGUACGGCAGCAGAAGAGCAGAAGACUUUGAAAAGAACUAGAAGAGAGUGGAUCCUUCCUCCAGCCAAGUUGUACGAGAACACGGAUUACACCGACAGGGAAUUCAUCGCAAAGAUUCGAUCUGAUCGAGAGGUGCAAUCCACGGUGGAGUAUUACCUCACAGGACCAGGUGCUGACCAACCUCCAUACAACCUCUUCAAGGUCGACCACCACACCGGAUUUAUAACCGUUACGGGUCUUCUUGAUCGAGAGACACACCCAUCCUUCAAUUUAACAGGCAUAGCUAAAUACAAAGACGGAUCCAAAGCUGAGGACAAUAUUCCACUGACUGUUACUGUCCUGGACGUGAAUGACAAUCCUCCUUACUUUACCCUACACACUGGCAAUGUUUCAGAGAGCAGCAAGAAAGGAACCUUAGUUAUGAAGAUUGAAGCUAAAGAUGAUGACCAAGCUGGAACAAUCAAUUCAGAGAUCCAUUACACCAUCGUCAGUCAGGAGCCUAAGGACAAAGGUCAAAUGUUCUAUAUAAAUCCAAAGACUGGGGAUCUCUUUGUCAAUGACCCAGCACUGGACAGAGAGAAACACGACUUCUACAAACUGGUGGUAAAGGGAACAGAUAUGGGAGGUGCACCAGAAGGUAAAAGUGGAACAGGAACUGUGGAGAUCAAGGUGUUGGACAUCAAUGACAACAUCCCCACUCUGGAAAAAUCUGAGUAUGCUGGCUCUGUGGAUGAAAACGUUGCUGAUGUAGUUGUGAUGAGAAUCAAAGCUCUGGACAAGGACCUUGCAAAGACAGACAACUGGCUGACCGUCUUUACGAUUGCCAAAGGAAAUGAAGAUAAUCUAUUUUCCAUCGAGACAGACAAAGAAACUAACGAGGGGAUUCUGAAGUUGAUCAAGCCUGUAGACUUUGAAGAAGUACAGAAUCUUGAGCUUGGCCUCCUCAUUGAGAAUGUAGCUCCUUUUGUAGAAGGUGGUCCUGUAAUCAUGGAUGUGGAUGUCCAGGUUGGAGAAGGUGGGGCUGGAGCUGCAGCUGGAGCUGGCGUUGGGGCUGGACUUGGAGCAGGACUUGGUGCAGGACUUGGAGCUGGUCUGGGACUUGGGGCAGAUUUAGGACUAGGCUUGGGAUUGGAUGCAGACCUAGAUUUAGAUGUAGAUGUUGACCUGGAUGGAGAAUUAGAUGCAGGGUUGGAUGCAGGGUUGGAUGCAGGAUUGGAUGCAGGGUUGGAUGCAGGACUUAAACCUGAUUUAGGACUUAAGCCUGUUAAGCCUGCUGGAGGGCUCAAGCCUGUCGCUGGGCCUGGAGUGGGUGUUGGACUAAAGCCAGGUAUCAAACCAGGACCAGGAGGCAAACCAAAGCCAGAUAAACCAAAAAGCUAUCCUAUUAAAAUUAAUGUAAAUAACAUCCCAGAGGGUCCAGCAUUUGUACCGAAAACCAAGCAGAUUCCAGUAUCUGAAGACCCCAACGAUGCACCGCAAGAUGGCGUGAUUGCUGUAUUUGCUGCUGUUGACCCAGACACAAAAAAACCAGCUGAGCAUGUCAGUUAUGCCAAAUUCUAUGAUCCAGACAACUGGUUCACCAUCGAUGAGGAGACAGCUGAGAUCAAACUCAACAAGGUGCCAGACAGGGAGUCGCCCUUCUUAGUGAAUGGCACCUAUGUUGCCAAAAUAUUGGCAAUAACCAAAGACAUGCCAGCAAAGACAGCCACGGGGACAAUAGCCAUUCAGGUUGCUGACUCCAAUGACCAGUGUCCUACCUUGACGGCUUCUCGCAGCAGUCUGUGCUCUGAUGAAAAAACUGUGCACGUCACCGCCUUUGAUGGAGAUGCUUUUCCCAACGCAGCUCCAUUCACUUUUAAAAUCUUACCAGAUGGUACAAAAGGGAAGUGGAAUGUAGAAGUCAUCAAUGAAACAACUGCUGCAUUUCACUCGGCUGACAUGCUGUGGCCUGGCGUGUACGAGCUGCAGUUGGAAGUGAUGGACGCUCAGGGCUAUUCCUGCCCAACCGAUGAGAAAUUUACAGUGGAAGUCUGUACCUGUCUUGGAAAACAGGACUGCCAGAGCGCGAAGGCUGCUAGACACGGAAGCAACGCAUCUAACUUUUCUUCACAUGCCAUUGGCCCAAUCAUAACAGCAUCAAUCUUCCUGUUGUUAAUCCCUGCCCUCUUGAUAUUCUGCCAGUGUGGGGGACCACAUACCAUUUUUGCAGACCAGUUUAGUGACAUGCCCUUUGACACUAAAGAACACCUCAUACAAUAUCAGACAGAGGGUAUAGGCAAUGACCAGGACGUUCCAUUCGUUGCUCUUCCUGUUUCGCAAAGCUUCAGGCAAAAAACUGAGGCAGCACAUGGUCUGAAUUUCAACAACUUCUCCAAAGGAAUCAAUGAAACUUACAUUGAAACUUACAAUGAAAAUGACCAGAUGCUUGGGGAAAUUCCCCAAAACCUGAUGGAGGCGGACAACAUCUACAAGUAUGCAAGAGAUGCAUAUAACAGCAAUGAUAUGGCAACAUUCAGCUGGCAAACAUCAAAUCAUCAUCAAACAGCAGCUUUUGAAGAAGACUUUGCCCUUCCUGAUGCUUUCCUUUAUGAGUACUACUCCCAGAAAGCCCAGAUUGAUGUACCAGGUACCGACCUUUUGUUGCCAUUUGCUCUCGAGGACAAGCUCUCUACAGCUGGCUCACUGAGCCUAAUCAGUUUUGGAGAAUCUGAUGAUGACUUGGAAUUCCUCAAUGACGUUGGACUAAAGUUCAAGACGCUGGCCGAGGUCUGCUCUCCUCCUGGAACCAUUUCCAAAUCCCUCCUGGAUAGUAAGACUAGAGGGCUUGAGACUAGAAGUUUUAAAACAGCAUUUGGUAGGCCUGAGCCAGUCUUUAAGGCCAAGGUUGAGCGUGAUGUUGAGACAAAACGUACUGAUGUGAAGAUGGAAAAGGUAGUAUCAUCUACUAACGUCCUAAAUUCAUCUGUCAGUUCAGUAGACACGGCCUCCACAUCCAUGACCUUACCUCACUCUAGAGUCAGAAACGUCAGUCGUAGCGCAAGCUUCAGUCACUCUGCUACGUUGCCUUAUCCAAAUCAGACAGUUGUACUACAGCAGCAGCCCAUCUACUACACCACCAGUCCGGUUCUCCAGCCAAUGCACUACAUAGUCCAACCAAACCCACAGAACAUGCUUUUGGUGGAAGAUGGGGCUCAUGGAGCCAACAUACAAGGCAUGUUUUUAGUAAACGACUCGCAGAAUCUAUCUAGACUUGUGCUGGGUGGAACCCAAAGCUCCCUUUCUGGGCAAGUUGUCCAGGAUUCUGAGGGUUUUGGAAGUCCCAUAAGUCCCGCUAGCCCCAUAAGUCCAGUCAGGACCGCCAUGUUUCUGUCUAGUUCAGCCAUGUCACAGGGCUUACUCCCUGUAGACGGCUGUAACGUGAUGGGUCCUAAUGCAGCUGGUACUUAUGUGUUAGUCCAGAGUAAUAAUGGGCCAGGUGAAAUAGAGGAGAAGAAUCCAGGUUCACCUGAGGGCGCUUUGCCUACGGAUGCUAACCUGGUAGAACAGACUGCUCCCCCUCAGGGGGUUUUAGGCUUGGCAGUCAUGGAGACUAACUACAGUCACCUACUUUGUUCCAUUGCUGUUGUAAAUGAGGGUGAUUUUGUACAAAAUUGGUAUUUAGGAAUAAUUAGAUUUAGUCAGAAAGGGCACACCAGUUCCAUUACCAAACAGAGUUUUCUUACCAGGCAGCCACAAAUGUGGUUGGGUUAUUUAGAGGUAAUAGAUAUAAGACCAUACAUUGAUUCAGUGCCACAGAGUUUAUUAAAAGACAACAUAUCCAUCAAAGUUUCAAACAACAGAGGAUGUCCCCUUGAAUGCAGUGUGACUCAGGGAGCCGGUGUCGGUGCAAGAUCUGCUCGGGUGCAAGAUCGGCUCGGGGUCCUUCGACUGCCGAUGACGUCAAAGUACGGCAAACCCACUCGGACAAAAUACACUACACAUCUAUACUGUUGGAAAGAAUUUAGCAGUUUCGUUAUUAAAAUAAUGUUUCUUACGACGUAAGUUUGUGUUUAUAAUGGUAUUUGUAAAAUAAAACACUAUAUUUUAUUCAUAAUGUUGAACUCCUCUUUGAGCACGUCCCUUGAAGGAUCAUAGGUAUUAGCAACACCUGUGAAAUUGUAUUUGCAGGAAAGAAGUGUGUCCCGUUUAUUGAAGUAUUUUGUGUUUAGAGUUUUUGACGUCUUGUCCAUGCGUAGUUCAGUUACGCUCAUAGCUGCUAGCCAAAACUCUGGAGUUAAAAGUUUUCUGGCUUUACUAAAAUACCUGUCUGUACUUAUUUGAUUGAUGGUAGUUUUACUUUCUAUUAGACUCCAAAUGUAAUCAUUUGGCACGUUUCUAAUUCAUAAUUCGUAAGAAUGUAAUCGGUGAUAUUAGCAUUAGCAUUCCUAUGGUAUUUUCCACGUAUAUUAGCAUUGCGCUAACCACUCACUGCCAAAUUGCAGCCUUUGCGAUUAGAAAAUCUCCUUUUGUCACAUCGCAAUUUAAUUGCACAUGCAGUUAAUCGUUCAGCCCUAAUAUACAUGCAGCUCUAUGCUAAAAGUGUAUUUUCAAAGAGGUAAUGAUGGAUUUCUUUGUAAAAGUUGUCCAUCUUUCCAACAGAAAGUUUUGCCUGGACCAACGUAACGUGAUAACAAUGUAACGUGAUUACGUAAUUCCGUAAGGUUCAUGUUCAGCCAAUCGACUACUUUGACGUCAUCGGCAGUUGACGGACCCCGAGCCGAUCUUGCACCCGAGCAGAUCUUGUACCGACACCGGGAAGGACAAUGUGUGUCUCAUAACAGUUCAAAUCCAUCCUCAUUCAGAAAAUACCACUUAAAAAAACGGAAAAUUUGUAAAAAAGAUAAAAUGGCAAAAGUACUCAUGCUUUGUCCAUUCAUUGUAAAUCCUAACCUUGAUCAUUCUUUUGACAUGAUGAGGGUAUAUUUAUUUAACAUUAUAGUUAGAGUCAUGGCUCUAUAUUAAAGGCAUAAAACUCAUGUAUUAUAAAAUAAUGUAAUUGCAUUCUUGUGUCCAUGGAAACUCUCACGCAAAUCUGAAUAGAGAAAAAUGGGUUGAGAUGUUAAAAAGACAAACUCACAGCGAGGAGAUAAGUUUCGUUUUUGGUUUAACCACAUUGAAUUAAUAACGGACACUAGGGGGUGGAAAAUGCAAGCAAAAUUUCCUAGAAUCCUUUAAAGUCUGCAAGAUCAACGGCUGUUUACCUACAGGCUCAAAAUGUCGAGAAGAACUUUCUCCUGAAGAAAUUUCUCCUGAGACCUGUCAAACAUGAGAAGCUGUUGGACAAAAGUGGAUUCCCAUAUUUAAAGAGACUGCUAGAAUUCAGUGAUAGGAUGGCCAGCUCAGUCCCUGGGGGAAUAGUGCAGGAACCUCAUCAGAUGACCUGAAACCCACAUGCAUGUCCUAAAUGUUAGUAAUUAUUGUUGGAUCCAAAACCUGACUAUGUGCUGCAGGUUUUUCUUGCAUAUUAUAAAGAAUGGACAACACAAAUAUAUGUCGUCUUUCUGCAGUAUUUAUGCUGUUUGAAAGAGUUUCAUCUGAAAGAUGGUGGAUUUUGGAUGUCCUGUUUUGCUGAUCACAUUGCACCACCUGCAAUUCACGGUUUAGACUUGUCUGUGGGGUCUCGAGUCCUCCACAGGUCUAGACUAAUUUGUGUGGUCUGAACUCCUCUGUGGGAUCAAGAGUCCCAAGUAUAGUCUAGUGUCCUUUUUAGGAUCUGGACUUCUGUGUCAGGUCUAGAUGCCUCUGUGGCGCCUAUACUCGGCUUUAGGAUCUGAACUUGUGUAGUCUGGACUCCUUUGUAAGGUUCAGACCUCCUCAUUAGGAUUUAGAUUCCAAUGUGAUAUCUGGACUCUUUUGUAGGGUCUGGAAUCCUCGACUAGGUAUAGAGUCCCCCGCUGGGGGCCAUACCCCUUCAUAGAAUCUGGACUUAGUAGUGUUUAAAUAAAUUAAUCUCUAAGGUCAAGAUUCCCCUCUAGGCUCAAACUUAGUGCCCAACAUCUCUCAUAGGAUCUAAACUCCUCUGUGGGGUCUGGAUUCCUCUUUAGCGUCUGGACUUUGUGGGAUUUAGACUUCUCUCAGGAGUCUUCUCUUUGGGGUCUGACUGUCCUCAUUGAGUCAUAUAUUCAUACAAGCCUAAUAAAUCUGAGCCAUGCCCAUUCAACUUGUAUCUGCCAGAACAAAGCCCAUGGUUUUGGGUCAAACAACUUUUAUUACAUGCUGUAACUUGACCCACCAAAGCCACCGUAUCUCACAGAGCCAUACUCUUAUCACCAUUUAGCUAAAUAAGUCAAGAUCCAGAAGAUCCGUCUAGACUUUAGAAAACUACCUUAUUCAUUAGAGGCUCUUCUUUUGUUUAUUUUUAAUAUACAGAUGGUGUUUGAUUUAAUUAAAUAUUGGUGGUGUGUUAUCUUUUUUUUGUUUGUUUUUUUUUUACUGAGUGUUACUUGGUGCUGCAUUGGGUUUUAAGCUAUGGGUUUACUUUUUCCCCAAAUUAAAUAGUAGUAAAUUAUAGGCGAUGAUCUUUAGGAAUCAGACGAUUUUGCCCUGGUGGUAAUCUACAUAAAUGUGAGCUGGUUUCCAUACAUAAACCAACCUUUUCUGCACCAGUACAGAUGGCCUUUAGUUUGACGGGUCAAUUUGAAGUGUGCUUUGGGAUUUUUGGGUACAAAGGUUUCACACCGCUUUAGUGAGUUAGUCCUUUACUGAGUUGUAUCAGCCAGUGAUUUAAAUUCUAGUUGAUAUUUUAUAUCUUGAUUCUGGCAUGGUCAUAAUGUAAAAGUUAAAUAAAAUAAUAUAAAAACUGUUCUCAAGGUUUGGUGAUUAAAGGAGCAAUAUGUAUGAAUUCUAGAGUUAAAUAAUCAAAAAAUAGUUUAAUGUCUCAAUCGUGUUGGAAGGAAGGUUACAUUAAACAGAUUUCCUUCUCAGCCGGCUGGGAGGUUGUCAUUUGUUUCUCCUUUCAAAAAAAGUUAAAGAGGGACGUAGUACCUGUUUACAAUCAAUAAGACCAGAGAUCAGGUUGCUAAGUGUGACCUGAGCAAAUGCUGCAGUACUGAAAUUUGUAAUGCAACAAUGGCAGGCAAAAAUCGUUUUGUUUAAAGAACUGAAGCCAGUAAACAGGAGCGAUCCAAAUGUUGUCUCUUGUUCUCCCAAGAAUCCACAGCAUCCAUUUGUUUUACUCCAAUGUCAGUGAAGCAGGCUAGAAGCUAACUUUGAGCUAACAAUGCUAACAGUGAAUUAGAAGCAAAAUAGUCAGCUCUAAAAUAUUUGAAGCUAUUUUUUCAAUUACUAACAACUCGAUAUUAUAGUAAAAUGUAUGUGUUAAGGGAAUAAUGAGUCAAUUGGGGCGUUUUACUUUAAAGAGUAAUUCAGAACUAUAACUGCAAUCUAACAGAACGACAGCAAACAACCACACUUCCUCUAAUGCUGGAGAAAUAUUUCCAUAAUAAGUAUAGUAAGUGCUCCUUAACAUAAAACACCCGAGAGUAUUAGCACCAGAUUUGACAAUAUAUUUAUCCACUUGUCAAUUUACUGUGUAUGACUCUUCUUCGCCUGUCAUCUAGAAUAUUCUAACUGGCAACAGCCAUGAAAUUCACGAAACUAAACGAAAGUAAUUUUCGCUUAUAAAAUGACCUGCAGUAACCAAAUUUGACCACUGGAUGUCAUUGUUACUUCAUUCUUUAUUCAUUCAUGUUUAGCAAGUAGAAGUUUGUAGAUUCCAAAGAGCAGAACUUUGUCAAGUUGGUAAUUAUACUGUUCAAAGGCUAGGCAGAACCUGUGUUCUGAAUGGACUUUGUGGGAGAAUUUACAAAUCGCCAUUUCAUGGCAAAGUCAAGAAACUCAUUUAUUUAAAGGGAUAUUCCACUCCUAAGUAAAACGUAGUCUAUUGCCAUAUUCCCCAGAGUUAGGUAAACAGCCCUUUCAGUCUUCUAAUCUGGCAGUUUUAAAUUUGCUUGGCAUAAACAAUAUAAGUGAUCAUUAGGUGUGGAAAAAUUCAUGAAAAGUACUCGAUAAUGAUUCUACCAUUUCUUGGUGGACUCUAUAAUCACACUGGCUACAAAUGAAAACACUGGGUAAAAGUAAGGAAUUACAGUAGCCAAUUUAGACUUGGGACUAAAUUAUAACAAAGCACUGCUGUAAACCUCAGCUGCAAUGUGCAAGGACAUGAUGCAGCAGCCCUAAAAGACACCUACUUUAUCUGUAAUGUACUCUGCCAUUUUUAGAUGAACUUACUAUGAUGUUACUUCAAAAACAUUACUGGGUAUAAGCCUAGUAGGUGUCUUUUUGAUUUUAUAUGAUUGAAAUGCUAGUUGUUACCAUUCACUUACAUUGUUUAUUCUUAGAUAAAGCAAGCUGUUAGAUUAGGCGAAUGACUUGGCUGAAAACAACAUGGUUUUUCCCCACUUAUCUAACUCUGGGGGAAAUGGCUACAGACUAAAUUUCACAUAGGUGUGGAAAAUCUCUUUGAGCCCAUCUUAAUAUCAGGUGGAUGCUUUUAUCUAAAAUACAGUGUCUCUGUUAUUUACAUGGAGUUUCUUCUUUAUCUUAAAGAUCUGGAGUUCUUUUUGUUCAAAAUAAAAGAUGGAAAGAG